GACUAACGGCAGGCAAGAUGGCAGCCGGCAACCACGCGAUAAUGCUGACAGAGUUUGAGUUUGAGAGACGCUUUGACCCAACUGAGGUCAUCCGCUGGAUGAAGGACUACUGCUUCUUCUUUGUGGAUGGUGCCUGUGAACUCCGCGAUGUCCGGCUGAGAGAACUCCCGCCAGCCAGGCCUCUCCGAGCCUCGUGCGUCUCCGGAUCCAGAUAUCACGGCGGAGUCGGUCGUCACCUCGGCCCUUUUAAGGAGCACAAGUCAGAAGAUGGACGAAAAGGGUAUGUCAUUUGUGAUCUGCGCUUUGUACAUCGCCCUGGUGUUUGGAGGUCAGCACUACAUGAAGCCCCGCCCUAAAAUGAACCUAAGGACGCCAAUGGCCGUGUGGUCGCUCGCCCUUGCUAUCUUCAGCAUCAUGGGCGCCGUUCGUACGGGGUUCUUCAUGCUUCACCUCAUCAACAACGGUGGUAUCUGGCGGUCCGUGUGUGACCAGAUCAUUUAUGAUGGACCUGUCAGCAAGUUCUGGGCCUACGCCUUCAUGGUGAGCAAAGUGCCAGAGCUGGGCGACACAGUCUUCAUCGUGCUGAGGAAGCAGCGCCUCCUCUUCCUGCACUGGUACCACCACAUCACGGUGCUGCUCUACUCCUGGCACUCCUACAAAGACAUGGUGGCGGGCGGCGGCUGGUUCAUGACCGUCAACUACACGGUGCACGCGCUCAUGUACAGCUACUACACCGCGCGCGCUGCCGGACUGCGCGUGCCCCGCGCUCUGGCCAUGGUCGUCACGAUCGCCCAGUUGCUGCAGAUGGUGGUGGGCCUGGCGGUGACCGGGCUGGCGUACCGCUGGACGCAACACGGCGACUGCCCCUCCAGCAUGGUCAACAUCACCUGGGGGGCACUCAUGUACCUCAGCUACCUGGUCCUCUUCCUCAACUUCUUCUACAACGCGUACCUGCAGCCCAGCAAGAGUGCCAAAGCCGAGUAGGAGGAGCUUAGGGCACAAGUUUGCGCCACUUCCUGUUGAAGAUUAGUCAUAAAUGGUCAUUUCCUGUCUUUUACAUUCACUUAAGCGUCUGGAUUAGCACAAACCAGACUUAAAUGCAGGGUGUCCAAACUAGUGUGGCUCGCCUACAUCUGCAAUUUAGCCCGCAAUAUGAAGAAAUCUUUUGGUCUGACAAUUUUGGUGAUCUUAUUAUGUCGACAUCUAGUGGACAAUGAGAAUAUUUCAGGUCCAUGACUUAUAAUUACAGUCAGAGUAGAAGACUGACUGUGCAGUAUUUACUUGUAUGGCCCAAUGCAAACAACCUUCCCUAAUCAUGGUCCAUAUUGUCAACACACAUGGUCACUCAUAGCUCAACAUGCUCACUGAACUUUGUGGAGAUUAUAAAAAAAACGUCCAUGCACCAUAAAAUAGUUCUAAAUUACACCCAUUUAAAUCCAUUACAAAAGCAUGAUGGGAAAAAUCCAAAAAACUCUCCACACUUAUCCAUGUUUGGCGCAUUUUAGCUGCUUGAUUUCUGAUUGAUUACAAAACUUUAAGGAGGUCGUCACGGAAGUAAACAAGGUAGAAGUCGAACAUUCACAUACUCUUAAUAUUCAGUUGUGUUAAUUAAAUAUCCAUUAUAUUAAUAUAAAAUGUACACAUAUAUAUGUAUAGGAUAUAUAUAAUAUAUUAUUAUGUGCACCACUGUAUAUAUAUAUGUAUAUAUGUACAUACAUAUAUACAUACAUACAUAUACAUAUACACAUAUAUACAUAUAUGUAUAUACAUAUAUGUAUACAUACAUAUAUACAUACAGUAUGUAUACAUAUUUGGUAUAUGUACUGUAUAUACAUAUGUAAAUAAACAUAUAUGUAUAUAUAUAUACACACACAUCUAUACAAUAUAUACACACACAUAUAUACUGUAUAUACACACAUAUAUAAACAUAUAUGUAUACAUAUAUGUAUAUAUAUAUAUACAUAUACACUGUACAUAUACAUUAUAUAUAUGUACAUAUACAUACAUACAUACAUACAUACACAUAUAUAUAUAUAUAAAUAUUUGGACACCCCUGCUUUAGUGCCAUGACUGACACGCACCGGAACAAAAUAGAACAUCAAGUCUUCCUUUGGUAGAACCCAAAGUGAAAUCAUUGGCCCCGCCCCUCAUGUUGCCAGCAGCCAAUCAGGUGCAGCCAAAUAUUACAGCUGUGUUAGAAUCUUGACUGAUCAUUUAUAUCUCUUCUCACAAAGCACUGAUGUUUACCCGAGGUGUUGCCAUGGUAACAUGAAACCUUUAUAUUAUGUAUUAUUUUGUGUGACGAACAAGAUGAUUUAUGCAUAAAUGUUUCAAACAUGAGUGACGGGAGUUGUUUUGUGCGAUUCGGCCACGAUCAUACGUGUCAGGGUUGCUGCUGCCGCAUGUCCUUCCAGCUCUUCCACACCAGCAGGUCCCGACUCUUCGCCACGGCGACCAGGAAGCGAGGCAACCGGAAGCCGUUGAACUGACCCACGCCGUCGUCGCGGCCCAUGGCCAGCAGCAUGGUGACGUUGCCUAGCAACACAGCGGGCGGGUAAGAGCGGGUAACGCCAGGGGAAGACGAGGCGUGUACCUGCGCGGUGCGAGGUCAGAGAGUUCCCGCUCAGACUGUUGACGAUGUUGCCCACGGCGACGGCGGCGUGCAGCCCGGCCACGUACGCCGUCUUGGGCUCUCUCACAUCGGCACAGUCGCCCACGGCAUAAACGUGGGAGAAAGCUUCCACCUGCAGGUGCUCGUUGACCCUCAGGGUGCCGUUUUGGGCCAAACUUCCAGCUGGGGACGAGAAAAGGCUUUUCGUGGCGACCCGUGUCAAAGGUCACGUCUGUGCUGCGGCGGGGGACUUACAGAAGCUGGACUGGUAGGCGGCCGAGUUGACCCUCAGUCCGCUGCAGUUGAUGAUGAGGUCGGUGGUCAGCGUGGUUCCGUUUGCCAAGGUGACCUCCAUGUUUUUACGGGUCACAUUGCAGGUCAGACCAGAGAGGUCGGACACUUUCUGACCCAGCUGUAGCUCCACCCCUUUUUCCAACAGCACGUCCUUGGCCUGGCGCCGCACGCUGUUCAGGAGCUCCACGUCGGCCAAGACGCUUCGAGCAUGGACCAGAACCACCUGAUGAAAACAACCAUUUUUAUUUAUCUUCUAUGUGUUUUGACAAAGUCAACUAUUUUGUUUGAUGAAUUAGUCAGUUUGAAGUUUUUGGAAAAAAUAAUUUCCCCCCCCAAAAACCCUGUUUUUUGUCAAAGAGGAGACAUUUUAUGGCCCUGGUGUAUUCCUGAAGUCCAGUGGAGACGUCACUAACCCCACACCUUCUUAGAGCAUGACACAAAAGCUGUUGUGAUGUUGUAAGAUCAUCUUUUCUCAAGGGUUGCUUUUAAAAUGGGUUUCUUUUACGACUGAGGCCGCCAUGUUUCAUCAAAACCUUCCUGUUUCCGCGAGUAUGACAAUCACAUACAAGAUUUCUUGUUGUCUCUCUCACUCUCUCUCUGGCUUUCUAUGGGGCCAAAACACUGUCGGUAAGACUUUUUUAUUGGAAAAAAAAUAAAUUGACAUUGUAGAAAAAGUUGUAUUUGGCACCCAAACAGGUUUUGGAAACAA